CUGACACAACAAUGCCGCCGCAAUUUACCACUCAACUCAACGGCACCAUGACGUUUUCGGCCAGCUUAAGUGCGUCAGUGAGCACUUCAGCCAACGUGACAAGCAGCAGAAACUAUCGACCUUUAAUCCCAGAAACCCCAGGCAUACACCCGAGCGGUCCUCCACCGCCUCUCAUUUUAUCAGUCGAAGAAGCUGAUCAACUCGAACAUCUCGCCGAUGCAGUAACGAAGCAGACUCUAACUGACUAUCUACAUUUCCGAGAUGUCCGCAAGCGUCGUCUUCACGAUGAACAAUGGAAAGAAGUUCGUCGUCAAAACAAUCUCGUGGCAUUCAAAGAGCGAGAGUCGUGGCGUCAGCAGCAUCAAACGUUGUGUACACCUGACGGUCGACUUGAGCCAGUUGUCUGUAAGACUUCUGUCCCUACUUUACUGGUACUCGGAGCUCUUCAAGGAACACUUGACGAUGAGAUGUAUGGAAUGCACAUGGACAGUGACAAUGGCGCUAAGCUUCGAUCUUCGUAUAUCCACGAUCAGGUCAACGACUUUCGAGUAUUGACGCGUAUUCGAGGAGCUACAAAAGAAGACCCUUUCCGGUUCUGUGGCGUCACGUGGAUGGAUUUGGGCAAUGCUGGCUACGGCCCAUUCGCUAAGAAACGAGACCACUGCGUCAUCAUUUCCAUGGGUGUCACUCGUACUGUGCGCGGUGAGCGACUCGGAUAUUACGUCGCUCAUUCUAUCGAUGUGAGUUCGAACGACAUAAUGGGAAGAAGUACGCAACUUGGUGUGGGAAGCGACCCAAGUAACAGCAAGUACAUUCGUGCCAAAAGCUCAAUGUGCUGGCUUAAGUGUGAGCUACCGAAUGGCGGCGUUGAGCUGUACAUGCAAGGAUUCUUCGCCCCUAUGGGCAGUGUACCGGAAUUUGCUGCAGUGAAUGCAGCCCUCCAUGCUGCGUUGAGCCUCGCCCAGACGAGCGAUACUGCUUAUUCGAAGAAAAUUCGCUGGAUGUUACACGACUCCGUGCGCUCAACACGUCGGGCCACAGCCAUUAGACACACUCAACACCACCCAACGAACCUGAGGCUUGAGGCGACAGCGCCUCAAAUGCCGGCACCACGCCCGGAUUCGGCGGCAUAA